AUCUGCAAAGAGAAGAAGAACGAAAAUACAAGACACAUAUUAACACUAAAUAUCAGAGUGAAUGAGAAGAGGAUUUUUUGGAGCUGCCAAUAACCGUAACUGCUUCACUAAGCCGCCACUCAUUUCCAGCUCCGUCUUCACUCUUCUCAAACCCUUCUGCGCCGUCGCGUCUUCCUCCGCCAGAUCUCUUCCUACUUCCGUCGCUUCCGCCGCCGCGAUGCCUGGUUCUGACUCGCCCAACCGGGAGUGGCCGGCGAAGCGCGUGAGGGACACUUUCUUUAAGUUCUUCGAAGAAAAGGGCCAUGUCUACUGGCGGUCCAGUCCCGUUGUUCCAUUCAAUGACCCUACCCUAUUGUUCGCCAACGCUGGUAUGAACCAGUUCAAGCCAAUAUUUUUGGGGACUGUGGAUCCCAACACUGCCUUGAGCAAGCUCACUCGUGCCUAUAAUACCCAAAAAAGAUACCUACCACCACACAUUCUUUGAAAUGCUGGGAAAUUGGUCGUUUGGAGAUUACUUCAAAGAAGAAGCUAUUACUUGGGCAUGGGAACUUCUAACAAAAGUCUAUAAAUUACCAUCAGAUCGCAUUUAUGCUACAUAUUUUGGUGGUGACGAAAAAGCUGGUCUUGCCCCUGAUAAUGAGGCUAGAGAUAUAUGGCUAAAGUUUUUGCCUCCUGGACGUGUGCUUCCUUUUGGCUGUAAAGACAAUUUCUGGGAGAUGGGUGAGACUGGUCCUUGUGGACCUUGCACCGAAGUACAUUUUGAUCGAAUUGGAAACCGUGAAGCUUCAUCAUUAGUUAAUAAUGAUGAUCCUACAUUAAUUGAGAUAUGGAACCUUGUCUUUAUUCAGUAUAAUAGGGAGGCCGAUGCUUCUCUUAAACCUCUUCCAGCAAAGCAUGUUGAUACCGGCUUGGGUUUUGAACGUUUGACAUCUGUACUACAAAACAAAAUGAGCAAUUAUGACACUGAUGUCUUCUUGCCAAUCUUUGAUGCUAUUCAGUUGGAAACUGGUGCUAGGCCAUAUUCUGGUAAGGUUGGGCCAGAUGAUGCAGAUAAAGUUGACAUGGCAUACAGGGUUGUUGCAGACCACAUCAGAACUCUAUCAUUUGCUAUUGCUGAUGGGUCUCGUCCUGGCAACGAUGGCCGGGAGUAUGUUCUUAGGCGUAUUCUCCGUCGUGCAGUUCGGUAUGGCCGUGAAGUUCUAAAAGCUAAGGAGGGGUUUUUUAACAGGCUUGUAAGUGUUGUGGUCAAGGUGAUGGGCGAUGUUUUCCCUGAGCUAAAACAACAGGAGGCACACAUCAGGGAUGUAAUUGAAGAGGAGGAGGAAAGUUUUGGCAGAACCUUAAUUAAGGUAAGGUUGAUAACAUGUAUAAAGACAUUUUCUGGGGGUUAUUCCUUAUCAAUCUGUCUAUGGGAUUAUCAUCUCUUAGUUUAGUUUUGUUUUUUGUGA